GAUUUAAAUAGUAUAGUAAGAACAGUAGGGACUCCAUCUUAAGGCUAAGAUUCAUUUAAAAAACCAGGUAGUUAGUAUAAGAAAAUAGUAAUUUAUCCUCCAUUUGCCCCAUGGUCCCAAGCACAUAAACCGGUGAGAAUUAUACCUGGGGCUUGCCUGGGCUUACCCCCACCUUUAUCUCUAAACAUCCCCACCCUCCCCCAAGGCUGCAGGCCGAGCGGAUCCGUCACAGUAAAAGGCACAACGCUCUGCACCACGCUGCUGCCCUCUCUUUGUCUCUGUCUCCCUGUUCCCCUGCUCUCCCUCCCUCUCUCUCUCUCUCCCCCCCACACCCCUGGGGCAGCCACUUAAUCUUUCAGAUAAUAAAAUCUCUUGCAUGGGCCUGUGUCUCCUGAGUGGUCCUGGGUAAGGAGGGUCGCGGCGAGAUACCCUUUCAUUGGUGCCGUGACUUCGGAUGAGGCUCUCCCAUUGACUUAGCUCUUCCUCUGGGAACCUGAGCUGCUCUGGGAACCCUCACUGCCCGAUGCUCCUCCACGGGCUCACCGUUCAUUUCCCCGGUCGCUCGUCUUCUCGCCCAACACCGGCCUUCGAUUUGGGGAGAUAUAUGAAUGCAGAGAAGAAAUGAAUGCAAAAAUAACUGAAAAUGUAAAUCAGCCCAAAGAAGUUAUGAAAUAUGGAAUGUCUGAUCUUCCUGAGAGUGGUUGAUUACUGUGUAAAUACUGUCCAAAUCCAACCCAUCCUGGUUUGCUGCACAUUGAUCAUCAAAAGGAGAUCAUUAUGAUGCCAGGGUUCUUGUUUGCGGAGCCUUUUUUUUGUGAAGAAUGAGCUUCGCAAACAGUAAAGGUUGUGAAAGCUCUCCAGGCAGUCCAAAAAGAAGUGUGGACCCAACUAAAAGCAGUCUACGAGCCUGGCUCUCCAGAAGCAGCCCACCCGUUCCAAGUUGGAGACUUUGUGUUUGUAAGGCGGCACCGAGCACAGACCCUCGAGCCACGGUGGAAAGGACCCUACUUCGUGUUGCUGACCACCCCAACAGCAGUCAAAGUUGACGGGAUUUCUGCCUGGAUCCACGCAUCUCAUGUGAAACCCGUUAUCUCAGCCGAGACAGCUGACGACCAUCUCGCGUGGAGAGCCCAGUCUACUGAGAAUCCUCUCCGGCUUAAAAUCACCAGAAGACCCCUAAAGUGACCAGGUGCACGUCCGGAGACACCAGCGCCAUUCAGCUGACCCAUGCACCGUACCCAAAAACUCUGCUCCAAGAUGACCACGUCAGCUGGACAAAGACAAUUUACAAAAGCUAAGACUGUGCCGCUCAUCUUAUAUAUUUUGUGCCUUUCCCCCAUUGCACUCAGUAACCCUAACCCCCAUGUUCCUUAUCAGCUCACCUGGGAAAUAGAGAACUGGGAAACUCAUGAAAUAUACAACCGCACUUCCCAUACCAGCCCCUUAGGCACGUGGUUCCCUAAACUGUACUUUAACCUAGACAGAGUAGCAGAUUUAGAAAAGAGAGGCGGGAAGGGCAGGAGCCAGCAUUCAGGCCCCCCUCUUCCCUGCGCCCCUCAGUUCUGUCCGGUUGGAAUGGGAGGGGGAGACUGGCGAGAAAAGCAGCGCCGAGUCUCUGUGAGUCGAAAUGGGUUUUAUGCGUGCCCGGAGUUUCGAAUAGGGCCAGAGAAGCAGCAGUGCGGAGGGGCCGAGUCCCGAUACUGUGCACACUGGAGUUGUGUUACCACCAAUGACGGGGAGUGGAAGUGGCAAGUAACCCCCCAGCUCGUCACUCUCUCGUUUGUUAAACCGUGCACCCGAACUAGGUAUAGCCCAGACUGUAAUCUGCUCAAGCUCCAGUUCACAGAGCAAGGAAAAAAAGACACCCGGUGGCAGACGGGGUUAGUCUGGGGCAUAUAUCUUUACCAGACCCCUCCUUUUGGAACUCUUAUCCGAGUCAAAUUAAAAGUUGAGCCAAUAGUUGAGAUAGCCUUGGGUCCAAAUAAAUUAUUGAGACCCGAAGCACCCAAAACCCCUAGACAGCCCCUCAAAGUGACACAGCCCCCUAAGUCCUUUCCCCAGAGCCUGAGCCCAGCUUGGACACCAGCCCCCACUAUAGCAAGCCAGCCAUCCCGGCUUCUUAGUCUGAUCAGAGGCGCUUUCCAAGUUGUCAACAAUUCCCGUCCCGAGCUAACUCACUCCUGCUGGUUAUGCUAUGAUGUUGCUCCCCCGUACUACGAAGGUAUAGCGUUUGUUAAUGCUCUCAAUCAGUCUUCUGACCCCUCCCAGUGUAGAUGGCAGCAGAAAGGACCGAAACUCACUUUAUCCUCUGUAAGUGGGCAAGGAACCUGCAUUGGGAAAGUUCCUAAAACUUACACCUCCCUCUGCAACAAGACAGAGGUAAUAAGCACCACCCCAACUUAUUAUAUUCCCCCCCCUAACGGGUGGUGGGCCUGCCAAACCGGAGUCACUCCAUGUGUUCAUUCCCAGAAGUUAAGAGAAACGUCUGACUUUUGUGUUCUAGUACAAUUAAUACCCCGCCUUAUUUACCAUCCAUAUGACGAAGUCCUGUCCCAACUAAGCCAGUCUUCGCCCCGAGUCAAACGAGAACCCGUGAGUUUGACUAUCUCCCUCUUACUGGGCCUCGGCCUAGGGGCAGCAGGGGCAGCCACAGGAGCAUCCUCACUAGUUCUCCAGAAUCAGCAUUACCACAGUCUCAGAGAAGCUAUAGAUGCAGAUUUAGAAGAAAUAGAGAAAUCCAUAUCCACUCUGCAAGACUCUUUAACUUCUUUAUCAGAAGUAGUCCUGCAAAAUAGAAGAGGGUUAGACAUGUUAUUCCUCCAACAAGGCGGACUGUGCGCUGCCCUUAAAGAAGAAUGUUGUUUCUACGUAGAUCAUUCAGGAGUAGUAAAAGACUCCAUGGCAAAAGUCAGAGAAGGGUUAGCUAAAAGGAGAAGAGAAAAAGAACAAAACCAAGGGUGGUUUGAGUCCUGGUUCAACUCCUCACCUUGGUUAACUACCCUCAUCUCUACGCUAGUAGGGCCUUUAAUAAUCUUAGUAUUAAUUCUAACCUUUGGCCCCUGCAUCCUAAACCGCCUAGUUACUUUUAUCAAAGAACGCAUUAGCACCGUGCAAAUCAUGGUGUUGAGACAGAACUAUCAGAGUGUUGACCAAACAGAUGACCCCUAGUUCAUGAUUGAAAUAGAUACAAGAAGAAGAGGCGAAUGUGAGAGUAGAAAUAGGUUAAAUGUAAGAAUAGAAAUGGGUUAGCAUAAGAGUAGCCAUCUUUAGGGCCUAAAAGCCAUUUCCUGAGUGUGUGAGAACUGAAACUGGGUAAGGCUGGGAAAAACAAGGUAAUCAAUCAUGAACACUGGAAUAAGGCAACGGUGACCCUUGGUCAGCUAACCUUGGUCAGUAAAACCUACAUACCAAGCUUAUCGUGCGGAACCACCCUGACAAUUGAGGGAUGGUCUUACCCUGACCUCUUGCUUAACCCCAGGAUGUAUGUCCGCCCUGACAAUUGAAGAAUGGUUUUAUCCUGCCUAACCCCAGGAUGUAGUAUAUAUGUCUUGCAAGAAUAAUGUAUAGCUGUAGGAAAUUACUAUGAGUUAAGUGCUUUAAAAAUGAUAUAUAAACCCUUGGUUUCGAAUGCUCGGGGUCCUUGUUGAAACCCGCUGUGUCGGGCAGACACUUGGACCCCAGCUAGCUGGAAUAACAAUAAACCUCUUGCUUGUUG